CGACAGCUGAGGAAGCUCCGCCUCCUCAGUGUACGCGUCGUCAUGGCGACCGCUUCCCGGGUAACGUUGUGCGCUGCAGGCUGGGGGCGCGAGGAGAGAGCAGCAGGGAAGAUUUGAAUGGAACGUUCCGGCGCAGAUCCCCGGGGAACAUGAGCAGCAACAGUCUCAGGAGCAGUGACGGCAGCUCGCGCGCGGGGUCCGCCUGCUCCCGGCUCAUUGACGUGACCAGCAACGCGGCGCUGCUGCCCGCCCUUUGCCCCGCGGCUACAGCGCCCCGCGCCGCUGAGGUCCAAGAUCAACUCACCAUAAUGAAGAGACAAGUGGAAGAGAGAGCGAAUUUAACUGCUGUCUGUAGUGUUGGAAGAAACAAAGGAAGAACAGAAGCACAAAAGGGAGCUUAUGAUCACAUUCUUCUGGAUAUACCUGUCACUCGAGAACAGACAAAUCACUAUCGGGCUGUGGCUGAAACUGCCCGUAGUGAACUUGCAGCACUUCUGGUAAAGUAUGAAUGUGCCCAGUCAGAGCUUCUAGAUCUAAGAUCCAAAAUGGUCUCUAAAGAAGUCUCAUUGCAAGAGCUGAAGGCUGAAGUGGAAAGCUACAAGGAAAACAAUGCUAGACAAUCCUCUCUGCUCCUCUCUUUGCAAAAUCGCCUUCAGGAGAUGGAAGAGGAAUCAGGUGUGCUUGCCACUUCCAAAAAACAGACAGACCUAACAGCACAGGUUUUGCUCCAGGAGAAUUGGGAGCUGAAGGAAGAGAUCCAUGACCAAGAAGCCAAACUGAACAAAUAUUUGAAUGAGUGUGAAGAAAGCAAGAAUCGAGCUUCUAAGAUCAGCUGGAAGCAUGGUGAAUUCUUAGCACAGCUUUCCGGAUUCUUGGACGUAGACAUCAGAGGAAAAGAGGAACCACACAAACAUUUAAUUUCAAAGGUAAAUCAGAUGCAUAAAGAAAAUACAAUGCUAAAAGGGCAGAUUGCCACUCUUGCAGAGGCUAUCAAUGUUCAUGAGAUAGAGUCAAAAGCUAGCAGAGAAACCAUCAUGAGGCUUGUUUCGGAAGUCAGCAAAGAGCAGAAAAAGGCUGUAACCUACUCCCAAGACAUGGACAAGCUUAGCAAGGAGCUGGACAGUGCUUUAACAGCCAAACAGAGUCUAGAGAAGGAGAUCAGAAGCCUCCAAGAUAGGCUGGCUGCUAGCCAGAGGGCUUGGGAAGCCUCAAAGCAAGAACUGUACCACCUGAAGAGAUGUUCCAGUGAGAUGGAUGGGAGUCUGAAAAGCAGCAUAGACGAGGCCAGGACUGCUCAGAGCCUGCUGAGUGCUUUUAAAGAGCAAGUUGCUACCCUUCUUAGCAACAGUUCUGUAACAGUUAAGCCCUCCGAGGAGGCCAUCAUGGAGCGAGUUCAAGAACUUGGCUGCAGGGAAGAGAGCAAAAAGAUAAUGGUGUCCCAGCUUGAAGCCCAAAUAGCUAAACUGACUGAGCAGCUGGAGAAUCAGACCAGAUUGCACCAGGAGGCUCUGCAAAGGGCCAGGAAAGCAGAAAAACAAUUUGAGACACUCCAGGAUCAGUUGAUGCGUCUGGAUGGGGAGUUGGUGUCUGGAGACGUGAUGCAAGAUGAUUUGAAGCUUGAGAAACAAAAAUAUCUUAAAUUUCUGGAACAACUUUCGGCUAAAAUGAAGCUGGACAGUGUUGCAUUUGAGAUUGGGCUCGAUAUGAGUCUGGAUGCAAUUCUGGCCCGUGCAGAGCAGUUGGUCAAACUGGAAGGUGACGCAGUGAUUGAAAACAAGACUAUGGCACACAACCUACAAAGGAAGUUGAAAGCUCAGAAAGAAAAGCUUGAGAGCAAAGAGCUGCAUAUGAACCUUCUGCGGCAGAAAAUAUCCCAGCUGGAAGAGGAAAAGCAAGUGCGAACAGCUCUGGCUGUGGAGAGAGAUGAGGCCAACCUCACCAUGAGAAAGUUACAGAAGAAGGUGGAGAGGUUACAGAAGGAGCUAGGCCUGGCAAGAGACUCUAACACUGACCUCAAAGCCAAACUGUCUGACACCAAUGAACUGAAAGUCAAAACUCUAGAACAGACUAGAACCAUUGAGGAACUAAACAAGUCUCAAGGCAAGCUGGAAAAGAUGAAGGAGAAGGCUGAGAAGCAGCUGAUCUGUGUCAAAUCAGAACUACAGUUUACAGAGCAUGAAGCUAAGGAGGAUAAAGAAAGGGCCAAGAGUAUGCUGGAAGCAGUUACCAGUGAACUGAAGGCACUUAAAACAACCCUGGCAGAGGUAUCAAAAAGAGAAAGGCAGCUGGCAGAGUUCCGUGAGGUGGUCUCGCAUAUGUUGGGCCUUAGCGUUACCAGCCUUGUGCUCCCUGACUAUGAAAUCAUCACACGUCUCGAGGGGUUGAUCCAUUCUCAUCAGCACCAUUUUGUUCCCUGUGUCCUCAAAGAUGUGGCAGUGAGGCAAGAUGGACACUCGCAAAGCCACUUACAGCUUCUUCACUGAACAGUGCCUCUUUGAGAGACAGCCGGACAGAACUCAGCUGGCUCUUAUGCUGCUGUUCAUUUGCAACACUGAGUCCUCAGGGGAUUGUAGGUGAUUUGAGCAAAUAUUCCUAUAACCAUCUCUUUCUAAAUGUACAUGUGGAGUGAAAUCAUGGCCCCACUGAAGUCAAGAGGAGGUUAGCAAUUGCCUUCAGUAGAGCUAGGAUUUCACCCACUGUACCAGCAGUGAAACAAAAUACAGAAAAGGAUCCAACCUAAAUUUUAAUUUCUUGCACUCUGGACAUGGAAGUAUUUUUAAUAAGCAAUAUUUUUAAUACAGCUAAUAGGUGUCUGUUUCCCUGUCCAGGAACAAACAUGUAAUUUCUCCUACUGUUAAUGACAGUUAUCUGUACAAAUUCACAUAGGUUGAUAAGAGGCAAGCCAUAUCACCCCCGAUAUAAAUCUUGUACGUGAUCAAGGUCUAUGUGCUCGAUAGACAGUAUGUGGGCUAUAGACCUGCCUCUGCUGCAUGGUUCAUAGGACAGCCAGAUUGUGAAAGUUCUGUUGAGCAGAUAAGAGAGGUAGCUAUUCAGUUACAUCCCCCAGCCAACAUAUACCUCGUUCUCAUCAUGGUUAGCCCCUCUGCAGCUUAAUUGGGUGGUGUAAAGCCAAAGGAUAUGAAGUUAGGAAGCAGCAUGCUUCCACCUCAGAGCAGUGUAAGUUGUGAUGCAACACACAUUGUAAUUGCAACAAGUUUCCUUUUACAUAAUUAACAUACUGUAGAGGGGUUAGGAGCAUGUGGAUGGCACAAAGCUAGCCAAUAUCCAUGCAGUAGUAUGGGACCCCUGGAAUGGCUGAGAUCGACUCACAAUUAUGCCAUGUUCUUUCUAAAGGAUCUUAACUGCUACAAAAAUCAAGGAGGGAAACAGACCCUGUGGCCCUUUAGCUUUUCCUUCAGCUAAGAAUGAUGCAGUGGAAUGGAGGUUGCCCAGCUGCCACUUUCAAAAUCAAAGCUCCCCUUCUGUGCAUUUUUAUUCAUGAAGGGGUUUUAGUUUGGAUAAAUUUGAUUGUAUUUGUAUGCCAUAAAAGCACCACAUUUUUGGCAUGAAGAACUCAAUUCUUCCAGUACCAAUCUUGCUUUACUGCUGAGUUGCCAAAACAAAGGUCUAAAGUUAUUUUCUGUCUCUUCAAUAUUAAUCUCUUCACGCACUGUCCUGUCAUUUAAAUAUCACAGGUAUUGUUGAUAGAAACAUGUGUUACCUUUACUUCCUGAAAAGAAAACGUGAUUAUGUCUUUUGUAGAGCAGCAGCAAUCUUUUCUUAGCUGUUGUAUUUGUCUGGCUGUUGCCUGUUAAGCAGUUCAAAUUCUAGCUCUACUGAAUUAAAAUGUAAUUUAAAAUAUUCUGCUUCAAUGCAUCAAAAAGUUUAAUGACAAGAAGAAACUUCAUUAAAAAAAAAAAAAAAGGACUAGGUCAACAUAUUGCUUCACUGUUGUCCAGAAAUAGCUUUUAAUUUGAAGAACUGAUUUUUACUACUGUCUCUUCAAGGUCUUAUAUAAUUAAAUAAUUUAAUUUUGUUUUUUUGAACUGUAAAUCCUAUUUUAGUUGAGCACUCAGAUGUUCUUUCAUUUAUAUAAUCUCUCUCCCAUUUGUACAUCUCACACAUAUGUAGAAAAUAACACACAACAGGCACAUGCCCUUGUAGUGAGAGAAAUUCAGGCUUCCAGGAGAUGGGGCAUCUCAACAGACAUUACUCCAAUCAUUGAAAUUAUUAAUCUAUAUUUUAAGGAAAAUGAAUUAUAAUCUUUAAAAUAUUUUUUUAGAGAAAGGAUUUUUAGCACAGGAUUAGGAGAUAUUACAUAAGUAAUGCACAAUUGGCUACAUGCAGUGUAGUUUUUUUUAAUUUUGCUUUUCUCUGAAACAUCAAUUAUUGGUUAUUUUUGAAUGAGGAAUAUCAAAUUU